UGCUCAAUGAUUGGCAGAAGGGUUAUUUGUCAUUUUUUUGAAUUAAUUUUAAUUUCCUAUAAUUGAUAGGUAUUGUUUAUCGUAUGUAAAUCUUGCGAAUUUUACGAAAUAUUGUUCUCGAAUACGAUUUAAGCUAUGCUUCGACCGGAUCGUAUAAUAGUCCGUGUUGCGUCUGUGCAAACGAAACUAGAUUUUAUCCGAACAAAAGUGGUUAAAUCGUCUUCUAUUUUGAACCCCGCGGAAAAAAUAAAACUAUACCAUAAAGAGAACAAGGAAUUGUUCGGACCAUUGUUAGACAGGAAGAAACCAAAGAAAACUCGUUUGCAAAAGUCUACUAAAAAUAGCCAAACGUCACAUCAAAACAAGGCGGGAGUAUCAAGUGAAAGUUCGCAGAAAUUUAGUGUUUCAGAACAUGUGCUUCUCCGUUUGAAUUACGAUCAGACUUUCGGGAUUUUUAAAAGGAAUAUGUGGCAAAAUACGAAGAGUUGUAUCAACUACGCUGCUGUUUUAAUAAACAACAAUGUUCUUAGAGGAAUAAAAACAUUUGCUGUGAGUAAUACCGCAAGGAGUUCUGCUGCUGAAACUGGCUAUGUUAGUGAAGAUAAGAUUCUUCAAAUUAAACCACAUCAAAAUGAUUUUGCAAAGCAGUAUCCAUCGGUCACACUGAUAUUAAAUAAAACAAUGACAGAAGAUUCGAGAAUUGCUUUAGAAAAAUGGAAGAAGGAACGGAUUGCUGAAAUGGGUUUGGAUGAAUUUAAUAGAUUUUAUGAAGCACAAUUAGCUCUUGGUACUAAAUUCCAUAGUACAUUGAAGAAUUAUUUUACGCAGCCGCGUAGUCAACUACGAAUUGACAAGGAUGUGGAACCAGUGUGGGUGUCCGUGGGUGAGGUACUGAAGAGCAUAUCAUCACCUAAAGCUAUUGAAUCUAAUGUUGUACAUCCUGUAUUGAAGUACAGAGGGAUAUUUGAUGCUAUUGCCGAUUAUGAGGACAGGCCUACACUAAUUGAAUGGAAGAAAUCAGAUAAGCAUAAGAAAGCGAUAUCUUUAACUUAUGACAAUCCAGUUCAGUUGGCAGCAUAUUUUGGUGCGGUCUGUAAUGAUCUGAAUUACAAACAUUUAAAUGUACGGGAUGCACUGUUAGUGAUAGCUUACACUGAUGGGUCUAAAGCCGAUGUCUUUCAUCUGUCCACUGACAAACUGAGGGAGCACUGGGCCCAGUGGCUGAUCAGAUUAGAGGAGUAUACAAAGAAAUAUAAUGAUGAUUCCGAAAAGUUACUCAAAGGUGGGAAAAGAUUAUUCGAAGAGGAUAUCGGGAAUCUCUAAAUAUUGCAUAAAGUCGAGAAUAAUGUUGGAGUGAAGAUGAAAAUUGACUGAAUUAAACGAAGAUUGAUUCGUGACAUUUCAAUUAUGUGUAUUGAUGGAAAUGUAUAGAAAUUAGCAUUUCUUAGUUUGUAUAAUUAAUUUUAAAUUGUCUCCGAUAUGCUUUUUGUUAUGUAAAAAAUAUUUUAUUCGAAUUAGUCAUAUGUUUUGCCAAAUAUAAAAAAAAAUGCUAUAUAGAUUAUACUAUUGUUAAAUGAUUCACUAAAUUCAAUUAAAAAUAUAACUAACCAUUGGAGUGCCAUAAUUUUAAUUG